UGUUAUGUUGCUGUUUUGCAACAUUUAUAUUAGUUUUAAUAGUCAAACCUGCGCAGUUUGGCGCACAGGUGAAGCUCUCGAACAGUCUGCGCAGUGCGCGGUACAACUUCACUUCUGUGUGUUUACAACAUGAUGUGAACGAAGAGGUUGCACUACAAUGUUUAGCACUAACAGUUAGUGAAACCACUGGUGCAAACUAGCUACAUUUGCACGGAUAAGUGACAUGUUAGUUGGUGUCUCUUCCUUUCCCUGUUUCAGAUUAAAUCACAUUUCAUAUUUUGAAUGAAUUCCUCCUGAAGCCUUUCAGUCCUUGAAGAUGUCUGAUGCUUGCUCUGAACCUGCAGGAGCCAUCAAGGCCAUUGACAAGCACUCAGUGCAUCAGAUCUGCUCAGGACAGGUGGUGCUGACUUUGGCCACUGCUGUCAAAGAGCUGGUGGAAAACAGCAUUGAUGCAGGGGCCACCAAUGUUGACGUCAGGCUGAAGGAGUGUGGAGCUGAACUAGUGGAAGUGUCAGACAAUGGCAAAGGAGUAGAAGAGGCCAACUUUGAAGGACUGACGUUGAAGCAUCACACGUCAAAGCUGAGGGAUUUCUCUGAUCUCAUCCGCGUGGAAACAUUUGGCUUCAGAGGUGAAGCCCUCAGCUCUUUAUGUGCUCUGAGUGUCCUGAGUGUGGUGACGUGCCACGAGUCCAGCCAGGUGGGGACCAAACUGGUGUUUGAUCACAAAAGCCACCUAGUGCAGCGGUCCCCACAUCCCCGGCAGCAAGGUACCACGGUCAGCCUGCAGCAGCUCUUCUACACCCUGCCUGUUCGACACAAGGAGUUCCAACGCAAUAUUAAGAAGGAAUACGCCAAAAUGAUACACAUCCUGCAGUCCUACUGUAUCAUCUCUACAGGAGUGCGUAUCACCUGCUCCAACCAGAAUGGGCAGGGAAAGCGCAGCACAGUCCUCAGCACCAGCGGCAGCCAGAGCAUGAGAGACAACAUAGGGGCCAUAUUUGGACCAAAACAGCUACAGAGUCUUCUGCCUUUUCAGCAAGCAUCACCUGCAGAAAAUGUUAUUGAAGAGUACGGACUCAAAGAUGCAGACCUACCCAAACAGCUUUUUUCCAUGACAGGGUUUGUGUCACGAGGAGACCAUGGUGUUGGGAGAAGUGCCACAGACAGGCAGUUCUUUUUCAUCAACAACCGGCCAUGUGAUCCCCUUAAGGUGACCAAACUUGUGAAUGAAGUGUAUCAUAUGUACAACAGACAUCAAUAUCCAUUUGUCGCCUUGAACAUAGCUGUUGCCUCUGAGUGUGUGGACGUGAACGUAACCCCGGACAAACGACAGAUUUUCCUUCAAGAGGAGAAACUCUUGUUGGCGAUUCUAAAGUCCUCUCUCAUCAACAUGUACGAGGCCGGAGUCAAUAAGAUCAGCCUGAACUACACACCCAUGCCCACCUCCAAUACAACGUCUGCAUCUGAAAUCUGUCAGGUUGUCCCGUCUAAUGAGCCAGAACCUGGAGAGGACAUGGAACCAAUGAUUCGUAACCCAAAGUCGUCCCUAAACCUGGCCGGCCUAAAAGCUGCUUUUUCAAGUCACCACAGCUCCAAUUCUGGGAACAAGUCAAACGCGGCAAAAGCUGCUAACAGUGGCCCAACACAGAAAACAAUGCAGUCUUUUUUUAAGGACACUGUCAAGUCUCCUCCCUUCAGCCCAGAUGUGACAUCUCCUUUGAAACCCAAAGCUAAAUGCUCCCCAGUUAAAAAUUCUGUGCUAGAUGGGUUCAGGUACGGAAGGAUGUCAUGCAGUGAUGCAGACUCUGAAAAAGACAGCGCCGUGUCCAGCUGUGACGUCACUGUUCCAACGCCAGAUGUUCAGUGUUCUGACCUGGAGUUCAGUUCUCCUGAACUGGCCACUGACAGUGUUAAAAACGAAGAAGACUAUAGUCACACUGUUCCUGAACACCCAGAGGUACAGACUGAGCCACUGUGUACUGUGAGCCCAGAUGCCAAGAGGGCCAGGACAGAAAACAAAUCCAACACUUUUUCGAAACCGUCCUCAACGGUGGAUGCUCCAGUCUGCCUACAGAAGAAGACGGUGCCCCUCCAGUUCUCUUUCCAAGAGCUGGCGGGGAAGGUAAAGAGGUUACAGGACGUACAGAAACAGAGGGCCGGCGACGAUCUGUGCUAUCGACGCUUCAGAGCCAAGAUCAACCCCGGAGAAAACCAAAGUGCAGAAGACGAGCUCAAGAAAGAGAUCAGUAAAGACAUGUUCAAAGAGAUGGAGAUCAUCGGCCAGUUUAACCUGGGCUUCAUCAUCACCAAACUCAACUCAGACAUCUUCAUGAUCGACCAGCACGCCACGGAUGAGAAAUACAACUUUGAGAUGCUGCAGCAGCAUACUGUGCUCCAAGGACAGAAACUCAUAGCCCCUCAGAAGCUUCACCUCACUGCUGUCAGUGAAAAUAUUCUCAUGGAGAACAUUGAGAUUUUCAGAAAGAACGGCUUUGAAUUUCUUGUCGACGAGGACGCUCAGGCGAUGGAGAGGGUUAAGCUGGUAUCUCUGCCCACCAGUAAAAACUGGACGUUUGGCCCAGCCGACAUUGAAGAGCUGAUCUUCAUGUUGAGUGACAGUCCGGGGGUCAUGUGUCGACCGUCUCGCGUCAGGCAGAUGUUCGCCUCCCGAUCUUGUCGAAAAUCUGUGAUGAUCGGCACUGCCCUGAGUGUGAGUGAGAUGAAGAAGCUCCUGGUUCACAUGGGGGAGAUCGAGCAUCCGUGGAACUGUCCUCAUGGCAGGCCCACCAUGAGACACCUCGCCAACCUGGACAUCAUCUCACAAGACUGAGAAUCUCACUUUACACCGGCUUAAUUAAUAUAACUGGAAUGUGCUUUCUUUCCAGUUUAUUUCUGUUAAACACUGAGUCCAAACCACAGAUAACUGUAUUUUUCAAAUGCUUGGUGUUGACUGUUUAGUAUGUUUUUAAUGUCUGUUAUGUUCUGAUUGUAUUUGUAAUUUGCAUCACAAAGUCAUAUUUUUUUAGAUUUUAACACCCAAUUAGCAGGGUAAAUAAAGAAAAUAUCACACUUUCUUUUAUCUGUAUUGUUAAAUCAAUAUUUUUUAUAUUUUAACACCCAUAAUGGGGUAAAUAAACAAGAUAUCACACUUUC